AGCCUCCGCCAGUCUCCUUGUCUCCUCCCACCUCGGGUCCUUCCCCCAAUCGAAAUCCACCCUCGAAUUUCCAACCGGACCAACCCCUCAUCACCGCCAAAUUCCACGCGCAGCCAGCCAGCCACAACCUCUUCCCGAUCCAUCCACCAUGGUCGUCGCCCCGCUACUUCGAGACCAGCCGCUGCUGAUCUGCAUCCAUGCCGCAUCCCGUCGACUGCAAGCCAAGGAACCUCCCUGUGCUCCUCCACCUUGCCUCAUCGUCCGGCAACCGGUGCUGCCGCGGCGACCACGUCCAGCCACCAGACAGGAGCCCAACCCCGGCGUCCACGUCGCCAAGCCGUCUCCCUGCCCUUGAGUCCGUCCAUGGGACCGCAGUCUUCAAGCCGUCGACUACCCAACGCUUCAAAGCCAGCCAAUACCUUCUCCAGUCCUCGAACCGCGAGGGAUUUCCGCAUCGCAUGCGCUUGUUGUCCGUCGCCGUCAAAUACCAGCGCCGCCGUGCUUCUGUCGUCCGCGUCGGCGAGUGCAGCGCCCAGCCACGCCGACCUCCUUCAUCUCGUCCCAGCGCUGGACUUGGAGCUUGCGACUCCCGGCGGAUCUCCGCCUCGCCCUAUUCAUCCACUGCCUCCCGAUGGCCAUGGAACCUCGUUGUCGAAGCUCGCCGUUGUCGUUGUUCGUCCCUGUCGUUCGGCCACUGGAUCCGGUCGUCCUCCAUCAACUUCUGCCUGAUCCACGCUCACCUCGCCUCGCCUUGCCGGAGUUCCAGCAAGCCGUGCCUCAAGCCCCUGUGUCCCCGCCGUGCGCCAAGUCCCGGAUGUUGCCAUCGCGCCCUGCUUCUGCCUAGCCUGCUCGUCUCUGUACGCGAUGGAAACAAGCGCCUCGCCUGCACCCGUUGACCGCAUCGGCCUCCCCUGGAUCGCUCGCACGGGCCGGCCUCGCCUGCCGUAGAUCCGGCCCAGCUAGCCGCGCGUGCUUCUGGCCAGAUUUGGCCCAAUGUGAGCAGCCACCAACAUAUCCCCCCUGUGCAUGUUGGCCCGAUUACAGAUUCAGCCCGUUCUUUUUUUUCCCUGCUACUGUGAUUUUAGCAAUUAUCCCGAUAACUACAUAAUUACAUAUUGCACCCCUAAUGUUCAUGCAUCUAAUAACUAAUUAACCAUGCAUCUUAUGUAAAUAAUUUAUAUAUGUAAAAUGCUUGGAAUCUUGUCUAGUUUCAUUAUUUCCAACUUUCAUGCAUUUUUAAAAUGUUGUUUGUUUAAAUUUGCUCCAAUGCCAUGCUAAAAUGCUUUAAUUCAUAACUAGUCAAUCGUAGCUCAGUUUUUAACAAACUUUAUAUGUAAGUGGGGUUUAAAAAUGCCUACUUUAACAUGGUGGCAGUACUUUGCAUGUUAGCAACUCUAAAAUAUGCAACUUUCACCCAUGUUUAAGAUGUUUAAAAUGAUGUUUGAUUAAAUUUGCUCCUAUGCCAUGUUAAAAUGCUUUAAUUCAUAACAAAAUAACCGUAACUCUGAAUUUAAUAAACUUUAUAUGUAAAUGGGG